AUGACCCAGACCAACCAACCAUUUGAGGGUCAAGAUGACUUCGGCCAGCCUCGAGGUAAGCAACUUUGGUCAUACUGUAUCUACUUCGUGCAAAUACAAACUGAUACGCCAGAUAUAGCCAACCCAGCCUCAUCAUCACCGCCUUCGGAAUCAGAGGACUCUCACCAGUUUCCUCCUUCACCACCAGGAAUACACGAUAACGACCAACCUCCCCUGCCUUCCCUUGUCUCAACUGCAGCAGCUCUGUCUUCAUCCCAAUCGCCAGAACUGGGUGAUAUGAUCACUCUUUCGCCCCAAACUUCUCCUAUUACUCAAGAUGACGACACGCCUUCCCUCCCACAGCGUCCUUCUGAUAACAAUGUGGACCCACGUAUCGCGAGCUUGCGCGCCAUGUUCCCCGAUUUCGAUGACUCUCUUCUAUCAUCUGUACUUCAGAGUGCCAAUGGUGACCAGGAUCUGGCCAUUGACACACUGUUGGGAAUGAGCGAUCCCGAUUAUGUCUCACAGCCGCUGGCGCCGCCGGAGCAGCGUGAGCCUACUCAGACUGACCUAGACGAACAACUUGCCCGACGUCUCAUGCUUGAGGAGGAGCAAGCUGCACAGCAACAGUGGCGCCCUUCGCAGCAGGAUCAGGGGCACCAAUCUUAUCAACCGAGACGUUCUACUUCUACCAGUCGAGGAGGCUGGGGAGGUGCUGGAGAUGAAACUGGAAGGUAUGACAGCACAGCGCAGGGGGGCAAUCCGCCGCAACGAGAUACUAUGGCAGAUUUCCAAGAUGGUUUCAACAAGAUAGCGGAGACUGGAAAGAAGACAUUCUCUUCAAUUGUUUCAAAGGUCAAAGCGAAGAUGCAAGAAUUCGAUCAGGGCCAAGGACCUCCCAGGCAAGAUACACAGCCUACUUGGGGUCAGGCAUCCCAACCCUCGUGGAGUGGCGGACAACCCCACACAUCUUCGCAGAUCCAGUAUCAGCCUUCGUACCACGAUCCCAACCCGCAACCUCAGGAACCCUACUAUGACCCCAAUCCACCAGGCGACAGUAGAAUUUAUGGAAGUGGCCCGACCUAUGCGGGGUCGUCAAUGUAUAACCCGCCGACCACAGGCAUGGGCACGUCUCCUCCGCCUGAACUUGCUCGGCGGUCAGGUGAUAUACCAAGACCGCCCUCGACGGGCGUAGGUACGCCGAGUGGAAUUGAUCCCGCUAAAUUGGGACUUCUCCCCAAACGACCUGUAUCACUCCUUCGGGAACAGCCCCCGCCUUCACACAGAGACGAUAGUGACGAUGAGUUAGAAUACACAGAAAAUCCGUUCGAGGACAGGGGCCAGUAA